AUGUCAACGUAUGAAAAGACACUGAUUCCACCGCUUAAUUUUUCUAUGGUAGCUUCAGGUGUCUAUCGUUCAGGUUUUCCAAAUCGAAAAAAUCAUAUGUUUCUCCAACAGCUUGGUCUUAAGUCUGUAUUAUAUUUGUGUCAUCAAGGCCAUCAACCUGAGAAUAUCGUGUUUUUUAAGGAAAAUAACAUUCAAGUGUUUCAAUGCCCAAUUGACGGUAAUAAGGAACCAUUUAUUAGCAUUAAUCCAGAUGCAAUGGCUGAUGCACUACGUCAUUUACUUGAUGUGAGAAAUCAUCCGAUAUUGGUGCACUGCACGAAAGGAACGCACCGUACAGGUUGUGUGAUUGGAUGCAUGCGCAAGAUGGAAAACUGGUCACUUACAUCGAUUAUUGAUGAGUAUUGCCGCUUUGCUGGUCCACGCAUGCGACUACUUGAUCAGCAGUUCAUCGAGUUCUUCGCUCCAACGAUUCAAUACGAUGAGAGGCAAAAGCCCAAAUGGCUUAAGUAG